AUUUCAUCUCCCACAACACUUCUAAAUCAACUUCUUCUUCCAUCAAUUUCAUUAUUUUUCUGCAAAUCAAUAAAGUCUAAGUAAUGGGGAUCAAAGUCCAUGGACACCCACUUUCUCCAGCAGCAAGAAGAGUUCUUCUCUGCUUAGCUGAGAAAAAUCUCGACUAUGAAUUCGUUCUUGUCGAUCUAUCAACUGGUCAACACAAGAAGGAGCCCUUCAUUUCUAUCAAUCCUUUUGGCCAGGUACCUGGGUUUGAAGAUGGUGAUUUGACUCUCUUUGAAUCAAGGGCAAUAACGAAAUACAUAGCGCAUGCAUACGCCGACAAGGGUACCCCACUGCUGGUGGCAGAUCCGAAGAAGAUGGCGAUCAUCGGACAGUGGCUCGAGGUGGAGGCUCAGAAAUUCGACGCCGCCGGUCAAGCUCUGAGCUUCGAGAUCUUGAUCAAGCCGAUGAAGGGUAUGGCCACCGACGAAUCUGUGGUCGACAAGUUGCAGGCCCAAUUAUCGGCGGUUCUUGAUAUCUACGAGGCCCGUUUGUCCAAGUCUAAGUAUUUGGGCGGAGAGGAAUAUUCCUUGGCCGAUCUUCAUCACAUCCCCAUUAUCAGCAACUUGUUCAAGACCAAGGUUAAGCCCUUGUUCGACGCGCGCCCCCAUGUCAGCGCGUGGUGCUCGGAUCUCUUGGCCCGGCCCGCUUGGCUUAAGGUCACUGGCGCCGCUUAAUUCGAGUUGUUGUUAAUGGCAAUAUCGUGGUUUUCUGUUUGUUUUGAUUUGUUUAAUUAUGGUUAUUAUGGGGAUGAUUAUGGUGGGCUAUUAUUGUUGCUCCACAUUCCCCAAAUAAAAAAAACAAAUCCUUUUUUUUUUC